CUCUGCCUCGGAGAUGGAGGAAUGGGAGAAACCUGUGUCGUCCGAAGAUUUUGCUAAGGAAGAUACUGAGGGUUGGAAGAAGUUGGACUACUUACUUUGCGUAGGGGAACGUUACGAGGAGCGAGAAGGGCUAAUGAGAGAGAAGGGGUUGAAACAGAAUACCGUGUCCCGCCAGAUAAUCGUGGACUCCAGGACUGAUGCUGCUGCUAAUGAGAAGCAGGAAAAUUUGAAGGGAGGGCCAAAAUCGAAACAGCCAGACAGGGAGAUCCCUCAGGACGUCAAGAACAAGAUUAUUAAUGGCCUGGGAGGGGACAAGAUUCUCUUCGUGUGCGAGAAGCCGCUCACCAAGAGCGAUUGUGACAAGAAUGAACACCAUCUCAUGAUGACCGAGAAGAUGAUCAGCUGGUCGCCCUUGUUCUUGAGUGAUGACGAGAAAGAACUCCUCAAGACUCGUGAUGAGAAGAAUAAAUUGAACAAGAUACAGGUCGAGCUGCUGGAGCCCACGCUCACCACUUGCGAACUGGAACUUGGGAGGUGGGAGAUGAAGAAGCCUGGGAAGUCCUCCUCCGUCACGUUCGUGCUCUCGCACGGGUGGAAUGAUGUGGUGAAGCGGAAUGGCCUCAAAGCGGGGGAUCAUGUCGAGGUGUGGUCGUUUCGGCGCGGGUCGCAACUCUGUCUUGCUCUGAUCACAAAGCGCAAUUAAGGAAGAAGAUCACAAAGCGCCUAGUGAUCAUUAGCACAUCUGAUCAGGUGGCCACCGAGUUAAUUAUUGGGGUUUUUGUUCGCUUCUUUAGGUUAUUUCCUUGGGGGAA